GUGUAGUGUUCGAUAGUAUUUCUCAAUGUUGCGCCUCCGAUAUGCCGGCGAAGAUAUCCGGUUUGUUCGUUUGCAGCUGUGCGUUCGGUACUUAAGGCGCCACAAAAAUAAUUGAUACACUUUAACGGUGGCCUGGCCGGCAACCGAGACUGUGACGUGCGUAAGGUCAUUGAUAUUCAACGCGCGUUAGUUUUUGAAACGCUGCAUCACAGGUCGCAGCGUUUCAUUGAUGCUAACGGGCGGCGUUCUAAAACGAUCGACGCAGAGUCCGGUCGCAGUGUGUGAUUCGGCUUCAAGCUUGAGAAAGGGGGCCACCGACCAUGGCGACCGGUUACAUAACGACGAUAUCGCAAAAGUAUCCCUCCUUCCGAGACGAACCCUUAAAAACGAUCUACCGCUGGUUGGACGGCAAGCGGCAGGACGAUGGUGCCGAGGGCCUGUGGCGCAUCCACGACACCCUGUACGACUUUGCGGACUUUAUCGAGAAGCAUCCCGGUGGCCCUGAAUGGUUGCGGCUGACAAAGGGCACGGACAUUACGGAAGCGUUCGAGACGCACCACAUCAGGCUGCGGGCGGAGGGCAUGCUGGCCAAGUACAGAGUGCGCGAGGCCACCGAGCCGAGAGCGGUCCGCUUAACGUUCCGUGACGAUGGGUUUUACCGGACACUGAAGCGGCGGGUGCGCGACAAGCUGAAGGACAUCGACUACGGGCCAGCCAAGCGCUCGAAGCUGAUCAUUGACUCGAUGCUGGCGGCAGCGUUCGGGCUAGCGUUUCUUGCCAUCCGGCUCCACAGCUACGCACUCGCGACCGUAUCGGGACUUUUCGUCUGCUGGACGAUGAUAAGCGCACACAACUUCUUCCACCAGCGGGACAACUGGCGCAUGAUGGCGUUUAAUUUGGCCUUUUCGAGCUAUCGCGAGUGGCGCGUUUCGCACGCCUUGUCGCAUCACAACUUCCCCAACUCGAUACUGGACCUGGAAAUUUCCUACUUCGAGCCGUUCCUCUGCUGGCUGCCGAAUCCGGCCAUCAAGAGCUCCGCGAAACGGUUCGCCGCCUGGCUGUACGGACCGCUCGUGUACUCGUUUCUGUUUUACGGCGAAUUUGUGAAGCGUGUGAUCGAGACGUACGAGACCGGGAAGAGCACGUUCUUCCUGGACGAUCUGGUCACGCUGAUACUUCCGACGUUCAUGUACGUGGUCGGUGCCACCAGCCUGUGGGAGGUGGUUAAGAUGUGGCUGUUUAUCGUGCUGGUGGCUAGCUUCCUGUUCGGAUUGAUUGGACUGAACGCGGCCCAUCAUCAUCCGAAGGCGGUCCACGAUGGUGAUCAAAUACCGGCGGACAUCGAUUUUGCCGUCUACCAGAUGGCCGCCGUCAUCGAUCGAUCGGACACGAAAGGAUCGCAGUUUAUGGUGCUGACAAGCUUCGGCGAUCACUGUCUGCAUCAUCUGUUCCCGACGCUGGACCACGGCAUUCUUCCGCAGCUGUAUCCGGUGUUUUUCGAAACGUGUCGCGAGUUUGAAACUGUCUACCGGGAACUGCCUUGGCUGCAGCAAAUCAUCGGCCAACACAAACAGCUUGCCCGCGUAGAACCGAUGACGUACAGACCAUCGGAAAAGUUUGCCUAACACUGCCCGCAGUCACAUCAGAAACCAAAGAUUUUGAAAAAGCUUUUGAUAAAGUGUAGCAAACCCAUAGUUGGGGUAGUGUGAGAGCAAACGAUAUUACGCAUGAUGAAUAGGCUCUGUUUAACUUGCAAAUUAUUUUUGUAUAAAGUACACACACUUAGAAGUUGAUUAGGUUAUAAUUGCUGAAAAAUGAUAAUAAAAAUGUGAUUUCGACAUGUACAAGAAAAUAAAAGGA